CUCUCUGUUUAAAGUGUUUUCAUCCUUGAUAUAGUGUGACAUUAAUCUUGAGAGACUUAAUUUCAAAUGGCCUCUAAUGUUUUGUUGUUGGCAUUCCUUGCCUUAAGUGCUUGCUCCUUUGCUUUCGCUUCCGACCCCAGUUCACUUCAGGAUUUCUGUGUUGCUGAUACAACAGGCUCAGUACCAGUGAAUGGACAUGUGUGUAAGGACCCCAAGCUUGCUGUCGCCAAUGACUUCUUCUUCAGUGGACUUCACCUAUCAGGCAACACAUCAAACCCUGCUGGUUCAAGAGUUACCCCUGCUAAUGUUGCCCAAAUUCCAGGACUCAACACUUUUGGUAUCUCCCUUGUUCGUAUCGACUAUGCACCAUGGGGUAUCAAUGCUCCACACACUCAUCCUAGAGCAACUGAAAUCUUGACAGUCCUUGAAGGAACUCUUCAAGUGGGUUUUGUCACCUCUAACCCUGAAAACAGACUUAUCACAAAGGUGCUUCAGAAGGGUGAUGUGUUUGUGUUCCCAGUAGGACUUGUGCAUUUCCAGCACAAUGUUGGAAAGGUUAAUGCAGUCGCCAUCGCAGCUCUCAGCAGCCAAAAUCCAGGUGUUAUAAGCGUUGCUAAUGCGGUAUUUGGAUCAAAGCCUGCCAUUUCUGCUGAUGUUGUUGCAAAGGCAUUCCAAGUUGACAAGAAGACGAUAUAUGAUUUCCAGUCCAAGUUCUAGAGUCCAAGAUGGAUUCAUAUAUAUUUAAGUUCAACAGGGUUGAAUAUUCGUUUAAGUUUGUGUGAUUUGAUUUUCGAAUUGUUGCCAUUGAUUUGUCAGUGUAACCACGUUGGCGUUUACUUGUCUGAUUCAUUUUCUUCAAGAAGAUAAUUUGUUUGAGCUCAUUU